AUGACUAGUAUUUCCAUACUAAAGAAGUGGAAUCCACGACCAACAUCACUAUCCCAGAUGAAUGCAUUAUUGCUUCGAAUUCCUGUUUCUUCUCCUUCAAUGAGUCCACGGCGGUAUUCUACACGUGAUCGUGAACUUCAAUCUGCAAAACUAGAGAUUGAGAAUGCUCCCAUUAUAAGGAACAAUCCAGGACUUAGUGCUUCUGUUUUCCGAAAUCUUUCCAAAUUUAUAAGGAGUUAUGACUUGAUGGAUCACAUGCUCAAAGUUUAUAUCUACAAGGAAGGUGAGAAGCCUGUAUUCCAUCAGCCUUUGAUGAGAGGAAUUUAUGCCUCAGAAGGGUGGUUUAUGAAACUAGUUGAGGGGAAUAGAAAAUUUGUUGUGAGGGACCCAAAAAAAGCUCAUUUAUUCUAUUUACCCUUUGAUUCUCAUAUGCUAAGGUUGACCCUUUCUGGACAAAAUGUCAAAAAUGGUAAGAAGGUCCUAGAGAAAUACUUGAAGAGCUAUGUUGGGUUAAUUGCAAGAAAGUAUUCUUUCUGGAACAGAACGGAAGGAGCAGAUCAUUUUCUUGUUGCUUGUCAUGACUGGGUAUGGUUCUCAUGCAUCAAUCUAAUUUUAAUGUCAUAG